AUGCGCGUUAACCAGAGUCCUUCCUGGGUUCAAUUUAGUGGCCGAAAGUCGGCGCGAGCACUUCAAACAUCGAACGCAGAAUGGCAAAGCAGAGACAAUUUAUAUUUUAUUUUAGGUUGGUUAGAUUGCGCGAUAACCUAUAAUUCCGUUUUUAGGAUAUUGAGGGACCACCAAGAAGAGGUAACACCCGCAUUUUUCAAGCAAAAUUUAAUCGAAGCCCUGAAGCAAUUGUUUGGGGAAGUGGGAGCCGCCAUUAGUAUAGAUAUUUUGAAGUAUUUUCCUGAAAAACUGAGAGCGUAUAUCCGAGUACCCAAGUCGCACUAUAUAAAACUAAGGAGCAGUCUGGUUCUUUGUGGCACUUACCAAAACAGACGAUCGACCUACGUCAUCCACAAGGCUUCUCCGCUUUUGUUAACUUUACAAGGGGACUCGAGGGACUAUAGCCAUUAA